UUGAGCGGAAGAACUCGGCGAUGGUGCAGCAGAUGUUCGACGACGUGGAUAGCCUCUUGUUUGAGGGCGGACGCGCAGACUCGCGGCACAGCGCCGAGUUUCAGGAGUGGCUCACGCGAUAUCCACACUUACGGGUACUCGGGCAUCAGUUCGACGGGCAGCAGCAGCAGGAUGCGGGGUACAGCCUUCACUCUCCCCGGCAGCGUGACGACGAGGAUGAGGAUGCGGCUGCAGCAUCCCGAGCGGAGGCUGAGCAGCAGCAGCAGCAGCAGCAGCAGCAGCAGCAGCAGCAGCAGCAGGGAGCCGCGAUAGGGUGA